AUGUACCUCACAGUACUCGAUGAAUCCAUGGGCUACGUUUUGGGUCAACAUGACGACACAUGCAAGAAGGAAUAUGCUAUUUACUAUCUCAGCAAGAAAUUCACUGAAUGUGAGACCAGAUACUCACUUUUGGAGAAGACUUGUUAUGCUUUGAAUUCGGAUGCUCGACGCCUGAGACAAUAUAUGAUUUUCCAUACUACUUUAUUAAUAUCCAAAAUGGACCCGAUACAUUAUAUCUUCGAAAAGCCUGCUGUUACUGGUAGGAUUGCACGGUGGAAAAUGUUGUUGACCGAGUAUGAUAUCCAGUAUGUGACCCAGAAAGCGAUAAAGGGGAGUAUUCUGUCUGACUACCUUGCUCACCUACCUGUCGAAGGUUAUCAACCAUUGAGGUUUGACUUUCCAGACAAAGACAUUAUGUUUAUCAGAGACUUCACUAUGCCAGGCUCCGAGAUAAGCCAUGAGGAAGGCCCCGAACCAGGAUCGCAAUGGACGCUCAUGUUCGACGGUGCUUCCAAUGCUCGUGUCCAUGGCAUAGGUGUUGUUAUCACUUCUCCUACCGGUUUCCACCUUCCAUUUACCGCUAGAUUAUGUUUUGACUGUACCAACAAUAUGGCAGAAUAUGAAGCAUGCAUCUACGAUUUAAAGGCGGCCAUCGACUUAAGGAUCAAGAUUCUUGAGGUAUACGGUGAUUCAGCUAUGGUAAUAAGUCAGGUAAAAGGUGAUUAG